AUGGCCAAAAGCAACUGCACCCAAGCAACUGAGUUCAUCUUAAUGGGGUUCAUGGAGGAGCCGGUGACUCAGGUGACCCUCUUUCUGAUGUUGCUCACCUAUCUUGUCACCAUCCUGGGGAACCUAGGGAUGAUCAUGUUGAUCAGGGCCAGCCCUCAUCUCCACUCCCUCAUGUACUAUUUCUUGGGUAAUCUGGCAUUUGCAGACCUCUGUUCCACCACCGUCAUCACCCCCAAGAUGUUGGUUGGCUUUAUGUCGGAGAAGGGUGUUGCUUACGCUGGGUGCAUGGUGCAGGUGUUCAUUUUUGUUCUUUUUGGGAUGACCGAAUGCUUCCUGCUGACUACAAUGGCAUAUGACCAUUAAGUGGCCGUUUGCCAUCCUCUGCUCUAUCCCCUGGUCAUGUCCCCCAAAUGCUGUUUCCAGCUGAUGAUUGGGUCAUAUCUUGUGGGGUUGACAAACGGCGUAGGGCAGGCUAUUGGCAUGUCCAAUUUAUCCUUCUGUGGCUCCAGCGUCAUCGACCUGUUCUUCUGCGACAUUUCCCCUCUGAUAUCGCUCUCAACCUCUGACACCACCCUCAGCCUCGUUAUCCUAAGAACUUCAGCAUCUUUAUUUGGUGGGUCCAGCAGCCUGGUUGUCCUGGUCUCCUACGUGGCCAUCAUAUCCGCCAUCCUGAGUAUCGCUUCAGCCAAGAGCAAGCGCAAAGCCUUCUCCACCUGCACCUCCCACCUCACCACUGGGAGCAUCUUCUAUGGGAAAUUGCUUUUUAGGUGCUUAAAACCCAGCUCGGACAGCUCAUGAGAAGGAGAUAAAUGGGCUGUGGUGCUCUACACUGUGGUGACUCCCAUGCUGAACCCCCUGGUCUACAGCCUGAGGAAUAAGGAGGUGAAGAAGGCUUUCAGGAGGCUCACGAAAAUAAAUUGA